AUGCCCGUCAAUUGCCUCCGGACGGAAAUCCUCGUGCGCAUGAAGCAGCUCUUCCUCAGCAAGACGCCCGACACGACCACGGUGCUUGUGCUUCACGGCAUGGUGCGCCAAGAAAACGACGUCUGCGUCGUCGCGGAACGGACGAGCGGAGUUACGUUGCACGAUUUGCUUCCGAGACGGCCCCUGAACGUCCGCAGCAGCCUCCAGAUUUUGCUCGACGUCGCCGAUGGCAUGCGCUACCUCCAUAGCCGCAACAUCAUCCACCGCAUGCUCACGACCAGCUGCAUUUAUCUCACGAGCGAGGGCAGUGCAAAGGUCGGCACGAAGGAGUACUCGCGUGCGUAUGCCAACGUGAUGACCAACAUCGGGAUUCCGUACCACGCCGCGCCCGAGAUUCUCACCGGCGCCACCAGCUACACGGAAAAGGUCGACGUCUACAGCUUCGCCAUGCUGAUUGUCGAAGUCGUGACCAAGAAAGAGCCGUAUGCCAACGUCGACGCCCCCGAAGCAACGAUCUUGGAGCACGUCGUCCAAAAGCACUACCGCCCCGUCUUUGACCGCACGGCCGAGUGGCCCGCCGACUUGUUCGACCUCAUGGAAGAGUGCUGGAGCGCUGAUCCCGAGAAGCGUCCGACCUUUGACACGAUUGUUGCGCGCCUCAAGAAUCUGGACUUGGUUGAACGGUUGUUGAACGACUAUUAA